CUAGUUACCUUAAAUUUUCAGAUACUUACUCAGAACUCCAGUAAUAUGCCUAGGUACUUGGUUAUUAUUAAUUUUCUUUAAAGUAAUUAAUACUACUGAUAUGCAAUAAUGAUAUACGGCAAUAAAUGAACAAUGAAACUGUUAUUGAUAUCAUGUUUAUGUUUUUAUACACUUUCUGCUGCACCAAAAAACUUGGUAAAAUAUGAAUUUUGCGCGAAUUUAAAUUGCGAAGAUGAUGGCAAAGAAAAUACUUGUGGAAUCAGAACAGAUGGAGAAGGUUUUCAACUGAGAUUAUUUGAAAGCGUUUGCGAACUAUUAAAGUACGGGUGUCAAGUAGACGAUGAAAAAGCUUACGGUUUGAUAAAUAUCGAUUACUGCGACCAUACGUUCAAAUAUACUGAUUCUAAAGACUAUAAACUUAUCAACAAAAAUGUAAUAAACGAAAUCGAAAAAAAAUCUGAUACAGCAGAUUCGUGUGCAAAAUAUGAUUGCACUAAACUAGUUGUUAAUUCUAUUUAUGUAUGUGGUAUUAGACAAGUCGACAAUGGAUUUAAAGUUAGACUGUUCAGAAACAAAUGUGCAAUGCAGAAAUAUAAUUGCGAGAAAAAGCUCCAGUUUGUAGUCACCGACUCUUAUAUUUGUAAUGGACUCAAUAUUACAAAUGAUACAGUAUCUAUGGUACCGACAUCUGGUGAAGAAGAUAAAAAUAGCGUGAAAGACAAUUUGAAACAAGAUAAUCUUUUUAUAAUAGACGGUUCGUUAUUUAAUUACAAUAAUGAUAUAAAUAAUACUAUUGAUAAUUUCUUCGCUGCAACUCACGUUUUUGAUCUACCAGUAAAAGAGGUUCCAUCUAAUGAUUUAAACGCAAAUACUAGGAGACUUAUACUAAAUAGAUUCGGACCACAAAAGGUAUUUAAACCUUGGAUCACCAUACCAAAGAACAUAAGUGAAGAUCAUUAUCAUAGACCGACAUUAUCUUCAUGCUAUCAUAAAUGUCCAAAGAAAUGUCCAGAGACAUAUGCCCCUGUGUGCGGAGUGCCCGGCAUCGUGGCGAGGGAACCUUCCCUCAUGUUCCAGAACCACUGUUUUAUGGACAUAGCCCAAUGCAAAAUGUACUGGGAAGACAAAAGCGACACCGCGCUAAGCUCCUCUUACAUCGAAUCAUCGUUUCUGUUUUGCCUCGGCGAUGAAAUGAACGGACUCUAUAGAUUUCUGCCUCUCGUGAGGACGCUGCAGCACAUGGGCCGGUUGAAAAAGAAAGCCCACUUCCGAUACAAGCUCAGCAAUUUGAGGUUCUUCAACAAUCUUCUCUCUAGAGAGCCUAAGCUUAUGGGAUAAGGGAAUUAAAUGUUGAUAAAAUAAAUAUUUCCAUAAUUAUUAGUAAAUUGGUAAAGUAAAUUACUUCAUAUUUUUUAAACCCAAUACGCAAAUUUGAUUGUAUUUAGUUCAAUUAAGAAUUUAAAUUUUGGACGUACAAUAGAAUUUAAAAACGUUUCUUUACAGUUACAUGAAGUUAUGUAUAUUCAAUACUUGCUAAUUUACUGAUUAUCAUAUUUACUGAUAUUAUUCACAACUCCGGUUAUAUUGUAUGUAUAUUUCUAUAACUAAUCAUGGUUUUAAAAUAUUUGUAGCCUAGUAUCAUCUAAUUCUUUAAACUUAUUUCAUUUCAUACUGUAUAAUUAUGUUAAAGUGGGGGGGAAGGGAUUGUUAGUAAUGGAGCCUGAGAAUACCAUUGCUAGCAAUAUACCCAACCAGGUCGACCUCCUCACGGUUCCUCCUGGAAACUAUCAUAGUUAAUUCCUGAUGAAUUCAUCAUGAUGGGCUAACUCGCUUGUUUUCAUUCUCAUCUAUCACCCUUCACUGGUGCUCCGCUAGCGUAUCCCGUUAGCGUAGGCGGGAUUACCAUACCAUUUUCACCCAUCGAAAAAAAAAUGUUAAAGUAAAUGCUGUAAAUACUUUUAACAGGCAUGUAUUGUACUUAUUUAAUGUUUGUUAUAUAUGUUUUAAUGCAAUAUACUAUUGGUGUUCCUAUGAAUAAAUAAAAA